GUCACACUGAGAAGAAAUGCGAAUUAUUUGCGCCGCCUGGUUGUCACGAAUAGGCUCGAGACACUUGAACGUCACAUGAUCAUCGAGUCACAUGACUUUGCUCUUGGGGAAAAUGAUGGCUGCUACAGCAUCUACUGCGUGUUUAUGUACUGUUUUUAUUGUUUUAUUCAACGUAGAUGUCGAUAGCCAGGAUACUGAUGCACAGUUAUGUAAAAUGUGUCAAGGGACUGUACGGCAAGACAGUCCUGUCUGGGAUUUCUGCCUGACAAAAGGCCAUAUUAGAGGACGCUGCUGUUUUGAAAAUGAAACCAGCAAUGCAGAUGCCAUUAUAGGGUUGGACUUGGCAAACUGCUCUAUCAGUCGUGUAGAGCACCUGUACAAUUCAUCCACAGCUUUCAUCGUAGAUCUCUCCAACAACCCGAUCUCCAAUCUGAGCGAUUUCAUAUUUCAGGGUUUCAGCCAUCUUACCCAGCUUUUACUACCCUCAAAACUGGAGUGUCCAGGGGGCAAUGCAUCAUGGGAGAAGGUUGAAGUGAAAAACAAUGCCAGAAUCUGCCAAGGACAGAAAAAUAUUUGCAAUCAAACAGCGCAGAUGUCCUGGGAUUGCCCUGAAAACUCAUUUUGCAGCCCAUACGGACCAGGGUUCUUUGAGUGUAGUUGUCUGCAUAAUUUCUAUGGAUACAAGUGCAUGAGACAGGGGGAGUUUCCUACAGCUAAGGUGCUUGGGAUACUAACCGGAUCAACAGUUGUGGGUUCAUCUUUACUCUGGUUCACACAAAGACGAAAGGCCAAGAACAUUUGACUUUUAAGGAAAACUGGAUGUUGGGCCGACAGUGGAGCCACAAAAUGCAUCAAGCUUAUUGAAAAUGGUGCAGGGCACCAACCAGCUACAUACACUGGACGGUUAACCAUCUGCUGAACAUUGAAGUUUCUUGUUUUUUACACUUGCCCAAAGCAGGUUUGCAUGACAUUAUUUUUUUUUUAAUGGAUAAUUUUGUAGUUUGUGUUCAUUUCACUUUCUCUUGACCCUCAUUGUCCUUAUAUGUUUUUAUUUAUACAUUUUACGAAAGCUUUCAUGAAUACCGACAAGGCUGGUUUAUAAAGGGAAAACUGACCAUAGACUGACCUCGCUCGUGUUUGGAGGGCAGAUGUUUUGACUCUGAACAUGUCAAAGUGAAACACUGAGAUAUUUUAGCAAUGAUUAUUAAGGACAAAUAUGUUGUGUUGUUUAAAGACAAAAAUGAUCUUUAUUUUAAAGAUUUUAAAGAAUUAUAGGUUUUCUGACAUGUAAAAAAAAGACUAUUCAUUUUGUAGUGGAGGGGAAAUAAAUGUCAUAGGACUUAGUAUUUGUGAAAAUUGUAGAUUGUUACAGUCACUUGCUGUUUACAGAUGUCAUUUCAUAUUUCAUAACUGACAACUCUUCAGCCUCUGAAACUGUAUGCUUUUCUUCUUGGCAGUGUAAGAGUGUAAAAGAGAAUCUGUUUGAUCUGCUAAUAUGAGAUAUAUAGACGGACACACUAUUAGUAGAAUACUGACAUAAAUGUGAGUUUUUGCCAAGAAUGUAGUAUUGUGGUAUGAAAUUCAGCAUGUACCUUGGCAACUAAAAUAAAGAUUUGUCACAAUA